AUGUUACCCUUGAUAAUUAUUCUUAUUCUUUCGGCAGUUGUUGCAGUAGAACAGCAAACGGCCUUGCAGAGGCAUAUGCAGUCAUUCUUCGAAACUCCGGGACAUACCAAUAACUGGGCAGUAUUGGUCUGCACAUCACGGUUUUGGUUUAAUUACCGUCAUGUUGCUAAUGUUCUGUCGUUAUAUCAUUCCGUAAAAAGGCUUGGAAUUCCCGAUAGCAAUAUCAUACUUAUGCUAGCUGAUGAUAUGCCAUGCAAUGCUAGGAAUCCGAAACCUGGUACGGUAUACAACAGUAAAUAUGAACGUAUCAAUCUGUAUGGUGUUGAGGUUGAAGUGGACUAUCGUGGAUAUGAGGUAUCAGUUGAAAAUUUCGUGCGUCUUAUGACAGGAAGAGUUCAUCCAGCUACACCGCGCUCUAAGCGCCUUCUUUCAGACCAUCAAAGUAACAUUCUGAUUUACCUUACUGGACAUGGUGGUGAUGGCUUUUUGAAGUUCCAGGAUUCCGAAGAAUUAACAAACGUUGAUUUAGCGGACGCCAUUGAAACUAUGUAUCAAGGCAAUAGAUAUAAUGAAAUGCUUGUGAUAGCAGACACAUGUCAAAGUGAAUCCAUGUACCAGAAAAUAUAUAGUCCAAAUGUGCUUGCAACAAGUAGUUCUCUAAUAGGCGAAGAUUCUCUUUCGUAUGAUGUUGACCAAUCCAUUGGUGUAUAUAUUAUAGAUCGAUAUACACAAUUCACGCUUGAAUUUCUUGAAAAUGAGGUCAAAUCAUUACUGACAAACAAAUCUAUGUCUGAUUACUUUAAUUCUUGUCCAAAGUCGAAAUGUCUUUCAACAGUUGGCGUUCGUACGGAUUUGUAUCCGAAAGAUCCUAAGAGAGUUCGAGUAACUGAUUUCUUCGGCUCAUCAAGGAUACUACGUACAAUCACGGAAAAAAUUGAGUUUGACGACGAAUGGCUGAAUGUACCCCCAUACUAUGGAAAAUCUACGGACAAUGAUGUAACUUGA